AUGGCUCCUCUCGACAUCCCUGAGAGCGGCCUGAGUCUCCUCCGGGUCGCUCCCCCAGAGGGCUUCUCAGCUGACUUUCCCAAACAAGUGACCCAAAUCAUGCGUUUGAAUCUCACUCAGAGUAUCCUUGAGGAGCUCGUUGCCAGCCUACGAAAAGACCAGAAAGCUAAACUCCGUCUGGGAAAGCACCCUUCUCUUCACUUCGGCUCGCGUUCCCAGCCCUUCUGUACCUACCCCGAAAGUAACCGUUCAGAGCUCUAUAUUGCUCCCCCAAAUGCCAAAGAGAACAUCUACUUCUCCGGAGUGCUCAGCCAUAGCUUGGAGGUCCAGAGGGCCAAGGAGGCUACCGCAGGCACCGAUGACGCCCUGGUGACCCUCGAACAAAGCCUCAGUGCCUUUCGGCAAGGAAAGGAGUCGAAGAGGACGCCCGUGAUCUCCGCUCACCAAAUGAAAGCCCUACGCGCCGGGGAUAAUCGCACAGCAACCGGAAGAGAGGCUGCAAGCUUGGCUCGGAUGUCGACAAGCAAGGCAGAUAUCGAGAAAGAGCGAUUCUUUACCAACGCCGCUACCCGAUCGUCGCCAGCUAGCCCUGCUUUCCUUGCCUCUCGAUCCCCCGCCAUUACUCCAACGUCCGUUCGCGUACCACAGAACAAAGAGAAAAUUAGGCUGGAUGCUUUGCGGGUUCCUUUAAUCCAUCUGCUAGCAGUGCGGCCUGUCUCCGUGAAGUUCCUGGCUCAGAAAACACGGUCCUCUCAAGAAGAUUGUUUAGCUCUUGUAACCAAGUACGGAACUGAAAAUCGACUAAACCGAGAAAAAUAUGAUCUCAAGGAUAAAAUCUACAAAGACCUCGACGUUUGGAAAUUUCCCUACCCAUCAGAUGAUGAGCGUCAGGAAGCAAUUGACAACGCCAUCUCUGCGUUCGACAGAAUGAGAGUUUCCAAGCAAGACAAAUUAUGGCAGAUGCUUCUUCCGAAACACGAGAGAGGACAGGGUAAAGUACUCUCUCGGUUGAAUAUCCGUACUGGCCUGCCGCCCAAGAGUGUGACGCCCCGCAUCCAUGUUCAUCCAUCGGAGGAACCUGCUAAAGAGAGUGACACAACUGGAAAUGAGUCCGAAUCUACCACCAACACUCCGAAUGUCAAUAACAAAAAGCUCAGCGCUACGGCACCGAAGAAGCGACCAGCUACAACAACUAAACGCGCGGCCCAAAAACCAAAGAAUACGACAAUUACCGGAAAAGUGACCAAGAAGACCGAUAAGACUGCUGAUAAAAAGGCCGCUGCGAAAUUGAAUUCUAAAUUCAAGUCCGCUGAGUAUGUCGUUGAUUCCGAUGAAGAUGACGAAAUGGCCGAUUCGGGUAUUGGAGCGCCAUCCAAAGCUACCAACAGUCGACGAGAUUCACCUGAUUCUCAACAAAGCGAUCCACCGGCUAAGGCGAAACCAUCAGCAGUGGCCUCAAGCCACGCGAAUAAAAUCAUUAGGCCGAAGCCUGCAGCUAAGACCGUCCAGUCUAACCCACCCUCCCGCCCAACAACCGCUACGUCUCCCCAGAAACCAUCCCCAUUGGGAUCUUCGCCUCCCACCAAUGCUUCAGAUUUCGAAAAUGCACCCAAAUCUUCUAGCACGAAUCAGUCCUCUAAUUCUUCUUCUCCCCUUAUCAACCACCUCUCCAGACAAAGAGCUGGAUCCACGACGAAGUUGGGGCCCCCGAAUCAAUCUAAAACAGCUCAAAAGACACCUGGUUCAAACCCUCUGAAAAGAAAAGCUGAAGAACCCAAUCCAUCAAUUCGCUUAGGUGUCAGCGCCCGGCCUGUUGGACUUGGGAUUACUCAUAGUGAUACUCGAAUGCCCGAACACAAACGAAGGCGCCCGUCCACGAUCUCUAGUGGAGAUAGCACUUCGGGUAACUCAACACCAUCAACAAGUGUUACUAUAUUGCGUCAGCGAUUGAGAGAGAAAGCGCGACAGUUCAAGAGGUAUUAUGCGAAAUAUCGAGCGUUGCACGAAGAUUUGAGCAACCAUCCAUCUCCGCCAGAUUCUCAACUGCAAAAGCUACAACAGCAACAUAUUCGCCUGCAGCAAAUGAAGAAAGAGAUUUGGGACGAGGAUCGUCAGUUAAGAUCAAAAUAA